GUGGUGCACAGUUAAAACGUGGCUUUAAAGGAUAUCAGAUCAUAUUUUUUAUGAACCAAUACACAUACUGCUUAUAGAGCUGUAAAAUAAUAACAAAUAACAAUAAUAUCAUACACAUAAAGGGAAUUCGCGACAGUGUUGUGCCAUAAAAGUUGCUGAUGAAAUUAUUUAUGAGAAAUGAACGGAAUUUCGAGAAACGAGUAAAGCUGCAUCUGAGGCAUGGCGCGAUGAUGCCGAUGAUGAUGAUGUUAAUGAUUAUGAUGUUGAUGCUGCUGCGGAUUGCAGACGCAUCCGUUGCGGCCACGAAUGCAACAUGCAAACAUGCCACGAACAUGUGGGGCGAUCCGAAUCCCAACAUAUUCUACGUAUGCUCUGUGGCGGACCAAAUGCCGCUGCAGCUGCAUUGCCCACAGGGGCGUGGUUAUUUCAAUGGCCACGGCCAUCUGGGCUGCCUGCCCUAUGACCAGUGGCCAGCCUGCCGGCCCACAAUGGAGCUAGUGGCCGCCCAGCUGGCGGCCGGCUGCAACAGCAGCGAGUCGAACGCAAAGGACCAGCCAUGGGCCACGCUGGAUCCCAAUCAAUUCUAUAUGUGUCCGGGUGUUAAUUCCGCGCCCUUGCUGCUCAGCUGUGCACCCGGCAAAGGAUUCGUGCAAACGGUGGGCUGUGCGGACUGGUCACUAUGGCGCCGACAGAUGCAAUGCGAGGCCUACUACUGAACUGAAAUCCCUCAUGCCCAAAAAGUGCCCCAUGGGUUGCACAUGAAAUAUGAAAUGUAGUCCAUAUGCAUAAUAAUAACCUGGCUGAAAAAUUGUUAUAAUAGCAACAGCGAAAA